AUGUCUCUAGAGAGCUCAUCCCAUCUAUGUUUCCUCCAGACGGAGCUGACCGAGGCCAGGGCCCAGGUGUUGGAGGCCAACACUCAGGAAUAUGCCUUCAACUUCCUGCAGCAGUCUCUGAAGAAUAAGAUACAGGUCGCUGAGGAGGCGCUAGAGAAGCAGACGCUCCAUGCUCAGGGGCUGUCCGAGAAGCUGUGGCUGUCUGAGAGACAGUUGGAGGAUCUAGAGGUGGACAAGGAGACACGGGACAAGAGGAGAUCAGAGCUCAGCGACACUGUCUUCAGACUGGAGACUGAGCUAGAAGAGGCUGCACAGAAAGCCACCCGGACGACAGCAGAGCUCGGUCUGCAACAGAAGCUACGAGACGACGCCCUGCUGAGGGUAGAGGAGAUGGAGGAGAGUUUACUGGAGAGGAGUCAGGAGCUGCAGAUAGCCCAACAGACUGUCAGCCGCCUACAGGGACAGGUGUCAGAUAAGCUGGUAGAUAAGGAGCGUUCCCUGGAGGAGGAGAUCCAACUGAGAGAGAGAGUUCAGCUGCAGUGGAAGCAGGCAGAGAGGAGCGUAGAGGACCUGACGAUGGAGCUACAGACUGCUGCACAGACCAAGGAAGACCUGGUCAAGCAACUCAAACAGGCUCAGGAGAAACUGUUAGAUCUUGAGACCGACCUGGAGGAGAUGCAGGACAGUGAACAGAGAUGGGUCAGCAAGCACAAGAGAUCCAUCGAACAGACGGAACAGCUCCAGCUGAAGUUGAUCCAGCAGAAAGAUGUGAAUGAGCAGCUGGACAGCGAGAAAGGCAUCCUGGAGAGACAGCUGCGGGACCUGCGCGCGGAGGUGGAGGAUAUCCAACAUACCAGAAUUCAUGAGGAUGUGAUCACUAAGACGGAGAGCCGGGCCAAGGAGCUGGAGAACGCUCUGAGGGUGGAGGAGAGGAACAAGGUGGUGAUGAACAACACCAUCAGUAAACUGGAGAGGAAGAUCAACGAACUGUCUGAUCAGCUGGAAGAGGAACAGAAGAUGGCCAAGGAGCAGAAGGACCUGACGUCCCAGAGGAUGCGUUCCCUGAAGCGUCAGCUGAACGAGGCAGAGGAGGGGGCUAGUCGUAGAGACGCUCAGUACCGACACACCCAGAGAGAACUGACAGAGGAGAGAGAGGCCUCCACUAAACUACAGAAACAGCUCCUGGACCAGCACCUCCAACUCAAACGUAAGGAGUCCACCAUGACGAUGAGACAGACUCUGGAAGAUCUACGUCUGGACCUUAGUGUGGAUGAGGAGGACCAGACCCCUCUGGUACCCACAGCCUCCAAGGCCUGAGACACCCUUCCUGGGACAGUAUUACA